UAUUUACUGAUUUUUCCAUUGUGAUGACAAAAUGCGUUUUCGACGUUUAAAACAAAGGUCUGUAUUUCUGGCUGGUUUGGGAAUUGGUUUCGUUUUCCCAUUAUUACUUUCCUUCCUGUGGAGUAUGUUUGUGUCAGAUCUGAGUGAUCAAGAUCUGCCAUCAUGGUACCCGGAAUAUUAUCUGAAUAAGAAACCUCACCAUGAGGAGGUCAUUCUACAGCAUUGGAAAAAGGAGAAGAGGAUCUCUGACUAUGCUAACAGUGUCACGUAUGGCACUUGGUUAGUCGAGCAAAACCUGAGACCGCACAAAAUUAAUCUUGACAGAUAUUUAUACAGACCACAACGAGGAGACGACGCAAAAGAGAUUGAAAAUAUAGAAUGGUACUGGUUGAAGAAGCGAGUAUCCGUCACAUGUGUAGUUUUCAUUGAGAAACUCAAAUUAGGAAAAUCAGUUCAGGCCACGUGGGGCAAACGCUGCAAUAACAUAUAUUUCUUUGGGCGUCAUUUGAAGAACGCGGAUCUGCCAAUUAUAAACAUCACCGCAAAGAUUGUGUCCUCCUGGCAACUGUUAUGCGAAGCUAUGAAUUAUAUUUGGAAAGAUGAAACAGCAAAUAAGUUGCAGUGGAUCAUUUUCGUGAAGGAUGAUACUAUGGUCAUACCAGAGAAUCUGCGCUACAUGAUAGCUCCAUUGGAUCACAAAAGUGACUAUUAUUUGGGUCACCCGGUGGUUCUGUGGGGUCAGACUUACAAUGUUGCUCAAUCCGGAUACGUUCUCAGCAAAGGAGCACUGACCAAGGUAGUGCAGAUGUUCAAUACCUCAGAGAAAUGCAUUACAGGUGGAAAAUAUUGGAAGAAGGAGGAUUAUUAUCUCGGAAAACACCUCUCAUUCCUAGGCAUACAUCCGUCCGAUACCAGGGAUCAGUACUUAAGAGGUACUUUCCACGGUUAUUCCUUACAAAAUCUUUUAUGGGGCAUUGCCAGACCAGACAGUUACUUUACACGUGCUGUGUACCCAACGAAGGAAUGCUGCUCGCCGAGAUCUGUGACUUUUAGUGCUAGUGAACCUGACAAAAUGUAUACGUUAAAUUACUUACUGUAUCAUUUACACGUAUUCAAUAGCGAAGCCAGAUUCGGUAACACAGCUGCGAAAACUCCAGUACCCGAAGAGAAUGUGUGGAAGAUUGCACUGAAGGAAGAAUUUAACAUUACGCAUUUAAGCGACAUAUCGAGUGACGCGUAUUACGAGAUAUGGCAUUCAAAAUAUUCCGAGCCAGGACAACUGAAGAUUACAAAAAAUGAUUAUCGAAUGACACAAGAUGCCUUAAAUUGUUUACUUGCCGGUUACAAAGCAGGGAACCGAUCCGCGACUAAUUGUAAAUCAAUUGAAGAUGACAAAGGCGCCAACAAUACAAAACUUUGAUUGUUUACCAAGAUAUUAGUUAUAACAGUUUUAUUGGAAUAAUUAUCUAGAUGAAGAAAAUGUAAUAGACGGCAAAUAUCUUCAAUUUUCAUUUUAAUGUAUGUUAAUAUUAAUGAUAUUAAAAUUGCAUUUACAAAUAUUCAUUAUAUUAAUCAUGUUACAUCAAUUGAUGUGGUUUACAUAAUUAAUCCGAUUAUACGCGUUCUGCGUAAUUUACAUUAUUAAUAGGAAAUGAUUUUGAUAACUACUUCCUCUGUUAUUUUGACUGCGUUUUAUCGAGCUAAUUAGAGACUCAUUAACGUCAAUUACAACGAAAAUGAUAAGUUAAUCUCUCGUUCCUGAAUCACUUUUGCAGAGGCGUGCCUACCAUAAUUCCUAUAAAUGUUUGAUUGUAUAAAAAAUAAUUUAAUUAUAAUUUAAUUUAUUGUUGUAUAACGCACAAUAAAUGUAUAUUUUCCUUUAA